AUGACUCUUAAUACUUUCCAUUUGGCCGGCGUAGGCGGUAAGAAUGUCACUCUUGGUAUUCCUCGUCUGCGUGAGAUUCUCAUGAUAGCCUCAAAAAAUAUCAAAACUCCAAUGAUAUCAGUACCUCUAAUCGAUCCUGAUGAUUCAGGGCUUCUUAUAAAUCUUUUUAGGAAAGUUACUUUGGAGGACUGUAUAGAGAAAGUAAUGGUAGACGAGGCAAUAGUUCAAAAAGACCAAGAAUACAAGAAACAUGUUAAAAUUACGUUUGACAUACGCGAUAGUGUAGAGGCUGUGAUCAAGGCUAUAGAUGUGGGCUUUUUGAAGCUUCUGGGAAAAGGAGUUGAAAAAAAGAUCAUCGCCUACUGGUAUUACCGAGUAUAA